UAGACCUACUAAAUACGCUAGUAUUUUCGUGUACUCUUGUGUCCGUCUUUAAUCUACGUGCACUCUUGUGUCCAUCUUUAAUCUACCCAAAAUAGAAUUCAAGUAAAAAAAAACAAAGGAUGUGUUUCAAGUUUUUUCCCCCUUUACUUUUCCUUUCCUUUCCUUUCCUCUUCACUCGCUCUCGCUCCAAACGCACUCUAAACCCAUUCCUCGGCGAAGUUAUGUUGGCUCAGAUCCGCUAAACCCCAUUGCAUUUUACCGCUCAUUCAACCCAACUCACCGGAUAGUCGAGUGGCUGGUUGCAGAUAAGAGAAUGCCAAAGUAGAAGAGGGAGAGAAGGAGCUUCAUCAUUGUACUAGUGAUGGUUGAAGUAUGGUGGUCACUUUUGGGUGCUGCCAUUCCUGCUGUUGUUGCAGGGCAAGCUUUUAAAAUUAAGAGACGACGUGCUGAAGAGCAGAGAAUCAAGAGUGCCAGGGGAAGAGAGAAGACAUCUGAUGAUAUAUUUGUUUGCGAGAGGGUCUGUACCUCUAAGAGAAUGCUGAAGAGGGUAGGAGCAUUCUCCAAGGACCUGAUCCCCGAUACUUGUGUUACUGUUUGUGGUGUAUCUGAGCUUGAUGCUUGCUCCGACGCCUGUGCACGCACGGUCUGUGUUAACCAGCAUCAGGUACCCAACUGGAACGACGUCUGUCUUCGGAGAUGUCAGAGUGAAUGCCUUAAACACUCUACUUCUCGUUCUUCUUAGCGCUUUCUUUACUUCUGGCCAAUCGCGAUUAUGAUUUUGUAUCAUGCUGUCGUGAUGGUCCUCCCAUUUUGAAUUGUAGUCUCUUUGUAAGAGAAUUUAGCUGGCAUGGUAGGUGUUGGCUACCAAUAGUAUUUCUGAUUUUCAUUCAGUGAUGGACAUAUAUGAUUUACCCUAUUGCAAUGCUGCUUCUUUCUUGGCUAA